GAGUUCGCCUCGUAGUUAAGCCGUACGCUUGGUAGUUUGAAUGCGUGUCGAACGGAGAUUAUUUUGAAGCUGGAGUUUAGUAAAAACACACAUACUUACAGGCUGUAAUUAUGGAGGCGGCAGAUAUUUUAAAGCAGAUUAAAUUGCCUUUGUUUUGGGUUGGAGCUGUGACAGUGGCCUGGGUGUCUGUGUGCACUCUGUACCGACUCCUGAACGGCCUCCGGGUGUGGGUCCUGGGCAACGGGAACCUAAUAAAAGCCUCCAAACUGGGGAAAUGGGCCGUUGUAACCGGGGCCACCGAUGGAAUCGGAAAAGCCUACGCGGAGGAGCUUGCACGGCGUGGCUUUGCCAUCGUCCUCAUCAGCCGUACUCAGGAAAAGCUGGAUGAGGUGUCUAAAGCCAUCGAGAGCAAGUACCAUGUUGAAACCAAAACCAUCUCUGCAGACUUUGGAUCGGUGGACAUCUAUUCCAAGAUUGAAUCUGGACUUGCUGGUCUUGAAAUUGGGAUCUUGGUCAACAACGUCGGCGUGUCCUACUCUUACCCUGAGUUUUUUCUCGACGUUCCAAAUCUCGAUAAUUUUAUAAACAACAUGAUCAACAUCAACAUUACCUCGGUUUGUCAGAUGACUCGGCUUGUGCUGCCUAAGAUGGUUGAUAAGUCCAAAGGAGUUAUCCUGAACAUUGCCUCUGCGAGCGGCAUGUACCCUGUUCCACUCCUUACUCUCUACUCUUCCUCGAAGGCUUUUGUGGAUUUCUUUUCUCGUGGACUGGAUGCUGAAUAUAGGAACAAGGGCAUCAUCAUUCAGAGCGUGUUGCCCUUCUUCGUGACAACUAAGCUGAGUAAGAUCAAGCGAGCAUCUCUGGACAUCCCCACUCCGGAGCGUUACGUGUCUGCGCAGCUGAGCACUGUGGGUCUUCAGACUCAAACGAACGGCUACCUGCCUCAUGCCAUCAUGGGUUGGGUGACCACUUCUCUACUUCCUGCACGAUUGCUCAACAAGUAUGUCAUGAACAUGGGUCUCUCUCAGCGUGCACGUUACCUGAAGAAGCAGAAGCAGGGCUGAGGGGAUCUGCACAGCAAAUGAAGCAGGAUGAGCAGAGUUCACAGAGGAAGAUUGGUGGACCAACCAAAAUUUUUACGAAACUACUUUUCCUUUCUCUGCUGGAGACCAAGAUUUAAUCAGGUUUCAUUGCUACUAAUUGAAUUGUUUGUUCAGUAUUUUACAUUUAUUUCUGUUCUAGAGGGGAAAACAAAAAUCAUUUCAGUUUCAUUGCUAAGAAAGAAAACAAAUCUACUGCAUUUUUUGAGAAACAUUUCUACCUGGCUAAUUGAACAGGAUUGCGCUGAGGUCAUACCUGCAGCAUAGGUGUAUAUCAAUGAGUCCGUUUACACUUAAUCAGCACUCUAAUUUACAUUAAAACAAAAAGGCAUAAUUUUGGAUUAAAUUAUUAUGCUAGAAUUAACUCUGGUGUUGUCUUUGAAAAAGAUUUCAUGUUAAUAUUGAGUUAAAUUUUUUAAAAGCUUUUUGCUGUGCCGAUAAUUGUACUUGCAGUUAAACAUGCAAAAUCCUUCCCAUUACCCAACUGAUUCCCAUGUUGAAAACUGUAUGCAUUGCUAGAUGCCUUUAAAGAGAAAUGGGAAUAUCUGAGCAGCUCUGGUACAGCUGCUCGAGCUUAAUUCUGCGCCAGAAAAAUGAAACAAGCCUAAAACAAAGAAAUGACCCAGUUUUAUUACGUGGUAAUAUUGUGAAUCCCAGUUUUUUAAAUGCAUAAUUGGAAUUGUAUGAUUAUUUUUGCGCCCAGACGCGUUCAGAAAAUUUACCCACUGCACCUUUGUAUUCAUGGCACACAAUUUACAUUUCAAUUCAAUGGUGUGUUGAUUUAGGUUGCGGCUUGCAGUUGUUUGUUACAACAAGUUAAAUCGGGGUUUAAAAAAACAAUAGCACUUAAGAUUUCAUCCUUUUUUAAAAAAAAUGGUUGUAGUUAAAUCAGCUUGUUUAAAGGAAAUGUUAAAUUUAAUCUCAUGAAUGAUUUGUUAUGGGCAUGUUCACUAUUGUAAUAAAUUGCAUUUACCAGAACAGUUGGUACAUGUUGAUACCACACAAAUGUUUCUGUAAGGUUACAUCUGUAUAUAUAUAUAUAUAUUUUUUUUAAUGCAGAGUGCAUUUGCAUUGAUCUAAAUUUGUGUUCCUACAUUAAUAGUAACUAGGGCAUUUUGAUGACUGUGUUACUAAUGCACUGGUGUAAGGACUUUGUGAACUAAGAGAACAGUUAUGUAUUCAUUUUAUCUUCAUAAUGUCUCAGACAGGUAAUGCCAUUUUGGAGGAAGUGGCUGUAUGAGGUUAAGUUAUGAUUGAGGUACGAGGUCAGUAUUUAUUAAUAGAUUUGGCCUUUUAUUUCAGAAGAGUUUAAAACAAUACAUGACUGUGAUGUUAAUGUCAAACUUGCAGAAAUAAACUGGAAUGGUAUGUUGCUUCAUAUAAUUUUUGCUUUUAAAAAAACAAAAACAGAAGUGUUAGAAAAUCUUAAUGGCUGUUCCUGACAAUGCUGAAAUUUAUAUGAAAAUUCUUACAUAUUUUAUGGUUUUUAACGAGACAAUUACAGUACUGUAGCAAUUUAUACAACUUCUGUAUAAAUUGUUUAUCCUGGGCACGACGCUGAAAGUCACUAAUUUCUAGCCUAAUCCAGUUGCAAGGAUAUGAGUCUGUAUAUUGCCUGUGAUCCCUGGGAGUGUGUGCGUUUGUUUGUAAGUCGAGGUGUUGUGGAUUUUCU